CAAAGAACCUAGAACCGUGCAUCAAACAAUUUGUGUACCAAAUGUAUAAGAAUGAGUCAGUACAAGGAACUGAUGAUGUUUUCCAGUUCGAUUUGAGUAUUCCAAUGGUUCCUCAACAGGAUGACGGUGAAAAAUGUGGAUACUAUGUUCUUUACUAUAUGUUCAAGUUUUUGAUGUCUUGUCCAGAAAACUUCAACAUUAAUGAACAUGGUGGCUUUAUGAAUAGCAGUUGGUUCACAGAGGAAGAGAUGAACAACUUUUUCAACAAUCUAUCAUCAGAGAAAUUGCAUACUGACCAAAUGCAAGCUUCAGAAGACAUAAUUGUGGUCAAGGAAAAGAAUCUUUCAAGUAAUAUGGAAGUUGAUGGCCAAAAUGUCGAUAAUGAAAUUGCUGCUGAAGAAAUUGAAAAACUUUCUAAAGAUGAAGAAGAGGCUGAGAUGGUGGUACAAUGUGAACCUAUUCGUUCACUAGUUGUGUACACUCCAGAGAGCUCACAGGAGCAGCAAGAACCCAACCAACCAACACCACCUGCAUCUGAAACAAUUGCCACUCAUGAAAAAGAUGGCAAGGAAAAGCUGGCUGCUGCUACACCUUCUGUGAGAAAAUCUCCAAGGCUACAACCUAUAAAAGAAGAUGAAGAAGAUUUCUCUAUUCAUAUUGUCGACCCUGAGGGAGGAGAAAAUGCAGACAAGGGACCAGCAGAAAAAGCACAAAGAAAAGUAAGGGCGACAAAGAAUGAAGGUGUCAAUAAAAGGAAAGCCGUAGAAGAGGUACAACAUAAUAAGGAAAAGAAAUUGAAGAAAAAGGUGGAAGCAGAGAAUGAAGAUGAAGAAGUGGAAGAAGAAGAAGAAAAAGAUGAUGAUGAGAAACCAAAAAAGAUUUUAAUCCGUGCUUAUCCAUCAACAUUUUCAAAAACAAUCUCAAGGCUGUCUGAAGCUCAAAGGCAGUGGGUGAAAUCUGCUGGGUUUGGUGCACUCCUUCAUUUUACUCUUGGUGAGGAACUGCCACACAAGACAAUAGUUAAUUGCUUAUGGUGGUUCGAGCACAAUAAAUGUGAGUUUGGUCUAUUCCCAAAUCGGAAUCUUAAAAUAACAGAGGAUGAUGUUUUUGACAUAAUUGGUCUACCCCAAGGGAAAUUGGAUGUUAAACUUGAAGAUUCUAAAGAUAAAAUCCAAAGCUGGGGCAAACAAUUUAAAGAAAGGCAGCCAAGCAGGAUCACUGAAAAGAUGUUGCGUGAAAAGAUUGCAGAGUCUCGUGAUGCCGAUGAACAUUUCAAGCAGAACUUCAUGAUUCUGAUGGCUAACCUUUUCAUCAGAACAGAUAAAACGUCCUUUGUUUGCCUCAAAAUCCUGAGGUUCAGUGGUAAUUUUGACAAUGCAAGAGACUACAAUUGGUGCAAACUUGUGAUACAAAAUUUGAAAGAGGCUCAUGAACAAUGGUGGAAUGAUCCAAAAACACAAUACACUGGUUGUUUUGUUUUUCUUCUUUACUUUUAUCUAGCUAGGACAAGCCAUCCUGAUGUUAGAGUGAAGAAAACAUGGCCUGCCUUUGUUGGCUGGAAGAAUUCAUGCAUUGAUGACAGAGCAAAGAGGGAGGGUCUUGAUAAUAAUUUUGGUUAUGGAGAUAUUGUUCCAGAAUUUGAAACUCCUGAUGAAAGCAAACAAAAUGAUGUGAACUCUGAACAGUACAAGGGUGGGAACAGCAACUUCACCACACCUAAAGAAACAUUGAAGGGCGUAGGACCCAGUCAGCUGUUUUCUCCACAAGACAAUGUUGAUGCAUCAAUAUUGUCAAUUGCAAGAGAUGUUGAACAGAAUCACAAUAGCACUGAGGUGCUCACAGAGGAUGAGAUAUCGUCAAGAUUACAGCAUCAUUUAUCACAAAUGGAAAAGCUGAAGAAAGAAUUUGGUGAAACACUUGACAAGGGGAAACAGCUGUUCCCAGAAAGUGAUAAAAUGAAAGAAUAUGAACAGAGGUUUGAAGAGAUGACAACAGGAAGUAUUGAUAAAGGCUGGGAUUUUUUCACAUACAAAGACUGGAAAACAUUUGACAUUUUAAUGCUCCCGGAAAAUGAAAGGGCUUUUAAUAAGAUGCACGACAUAGAUGACUUUUUAGAUGAUUUAAAAUUAGGGGGUCAGGUGGUUGAUAGUAAUAUUUACACAAAACAUAUUACUAGGAAUGAGCCAAGCUAUGCUGCAUAUGGACUCAACAAUCAUCUGAAAAGGGUACUCAAACCAACUGAUCAUCAGAAGUCUCCAUUCAAAAUCCGAGGGAUUGAUCUCAACACACAAAGGUUCAGCAAAGAUGAAGAAGAAGUAUGGAGCUGGAUUAAUGGAAGAAAGAACCGAGCAAUGAUUGAGAUAUUCCUCUGGAACAACGUUACUUGCUUGAAGCAUCACAUUCAAAGCCUACAAAUUGGAAAAGAAGUGUUGUUCCAUGUUGUUGAUGCUUAUACAAGCAUACUAAACGAAGAUGAAAAAUUCAGAGCAGCAGAGUCUCCUUAUAGGUUUUUCUGCAGUACAAUGGUGACAAUGGGAAAUGUGGUUAAAGGAAGCCAAUUGGUAGCAAACAGUACUGAUCCAAAUCUAACAUACAUGAAGUUCAAAUCCAACAUGGAUGCAAUUUUGUUCAAGCACAGAGUUGAUAUUAAUCAUGUUGAUCUGGAAGAUUUGUGUUGA